AUGGGGCCAGGACUAGGACAGCAGCUUGGCACUGCCACCACAUCUUCCAGCAGGGCCCCUGGCUCGCCUUCGGCAUUCUGGCUCCCGAAGCAGGGGCGUGGCCCAGGUCGCCUGUGUCCCCACAGGUCCCCCCUGGCCUACAGCACACCCAUCACAGCUGGCCCCGAUCCCGCUGUGGAGGGCUUCAGGGACCUGAACCUGGGCCAUGCUGGCCGUUUGUGGGCGCAGCUGCGCCAGUUCUGGGCCGACCACUUUUCCCGACGCUUCUCGCCGCGGCGGCCGCCACUGCGCCGCAUCUCCUCCAUGUCCACCUUCUACCUGCUGGACCACUGCACCCGCCAGGCCGAGCUGGGCCUCUGCUACGGCGCGCCGCGCACGCGCCUGAGCAACGCGGCCUUCGUCUUCCGCCGCGGCCGCUGGGCCGCCGAGGGGCCGCACGAGCGGCUGCCGAGGCCCCCGGGCCCCGGCGUGAGGGAGCACGUGCAGGAGGUCCGGAACCAGAUGCUGCUGGAGGAGAACAACUACCUGAAACUGCAGCUGGAGCUGCUCAUGGACAUGCUGACCGAGACCACGGCGCGCCUGCACCUGCUGGAGAACCAGUUGGACCCCGAGGCCAACCUGGAGCCCGCCGCCGCGCCGCGCACCUGGCAGAGGAAGCUGCACAAGCGCCAGGGCGUCGGCGGCGUGCCCAUCGUGCGGGAGCCGCGCGCGCUCGAGGCGCGGUGA